UGUCCACCAAAAUAUCGCUCCCUGUUCCAAGAAACUACCCAGAUUGUAUAUUCUUGCGAGCACUUUGAUCAGUGAAAUAGGCGAUGGUGUACCAAUUAAAAUUCUGGCAUUUCCAUGUCCCUUGUGUUCUUCCUCAUCAUCAUCAUCUAAAGAAGAAGUCCGCCCCUGUCCCUUAUUCUUCCUCACUGAUUUGUCUCCUCAAAUACGCCCUUCCUCAUUUACUAGUUGGUAUUUUCUUCCUCGCAAUUCCCCGGGCUGACGGCGCAUAAAGCAAGGACAACUACCCACUGCCACAUGAUUAUCCUUGAUUAAUUUCCUCUUUUGCUGGGGUAAGGAAACCCUAGCCUGACGCGUGCGCUGUUCUUGGAGUUCUUUGGUUCAACUGAAUCCCGUAUGCCUCACGUGAAGUCCGCCGUCGGUGCUGCUGCCGGAUCUGCGGCCGGUGAUGGCGAAGUGGAGGCAGGGUUCGCGAAGCUGCAGGGUGAGGAUUUCGAGUACUACAUGCAGACCUACUCGAUCAUGCUGGGCCGCAACAGCAAGAAAUCCACAGUGGAUGUGGAUCUCUCCAGCCUCGGUGGGGGGAUGAACAUCUCGCGCCACCACGCGCGGAUUUUCUAUGACUUCCAGCGCCGCCGCUUCGCCCUCGAUGUCAUCGGCAAGAACGGCUGCCUUGUGGAGGGUGUCCUGCACCUCCCCGGGAACCCUCCUGUCAAGCUUGACUCGCAGGACCUCCUUCAGAUCGGAGACAAGAAGUUUUACUUCCUCCUGCCCACGAGGUCUAUCUUCGCCUCGUUCGCCGCCGCCGCUCAACAAGCCCCUGUUAUUCCGGCACAGAUGCCGCCAUCCUAUGUGCGGCCAGGUCACCCUCGUGUGUCUGAUUUCCAUGACCGCUUCUCUGAUGGUGAUUAUGGCCGAGAUAGUGGUGAAAUUGGGAAUGGUGUCAGUGAAAGUGGAAUGAAGGGGAAGCUGAAGAGAACCAAGAAGUCUCCUGGAGAUUUCGACAUCUAUGGUGGCCACCGAAUCAAUGUUGAACCAAUAGGAGCACUAGGUGAAGGCGACAAUAGAUCAGAAAUAAGAAUGCGGGUUGAUAGGGAUAUGGAUAACCAGCAAAUCCUUCAAGCCGAAGAGAAGGAAGUUGUGUCAUCUGUAGCAACCGUGUUAUCUGACCUCUGUGGUCCUGGAGAAUGGAUGCCUAUGAGAAAACUCCAUACUGAGCUUGUCGACCAGUUUGGUAACGUGUGGCACCACACCAGGGUGCGGAAGUACCUGACAGCGGAGGACUGGUCGCCGAUCGAAGCCAAGGGUAGGCCAUGGUACGGGCUGCUGGGGCUGCUGAGGAAGUACCCGGAGCACUUCGUCAUCAACACGAAGUGUAAGGGCAGGGCGAUCUCGGAGUUCGUCUCGCUCGUUUCCCUGCUCUCCUAGAGGGAAUUUCGAUCAGCGAGACU